GUUAUUUUACGCCUCGUGGUCCUCUUUUGUAUUAUUGUUUUUCAAAUUUAUUAUUACUGCAACAUGUAAUGCACAUUAUUUGAGAUUUAAACGGACGUAUCGAGAUGGGUGAUGAUUUGGACGAGCAUCACAUCGAGCAUAUACCAGAACAAAUCGUUGAAGAGUUUCGAGAAGCGUUCGGCCUAUUUGACCGAGACGGGGAUGGAACAAUAAGCGUUCAAGAGUUUGUCGAUACUCUCCGAUCUCUUGGGCAAGAGCCGUCACAGAUGGAGAUCGACGAAAUGAUUCAUAAAAUCGACAGAAACGGCGAUGGAGUAAUCGAUUUUGAAGAAUUUAAACGUCUUAUGUACCACAAAAUGAAGCACACGGACGGAUCUGAAGAAAUAAAAGAUUUCUUCCUGGUAUUAGAUAGAGAUAGUUCAGGUUAUUUCACUGCAGAUGAUCUGUACAAGGUUAUCACUGGUGUUGGUGAAAUGAUAUCACUCGAGGAAACAAUUGAGCUUGUAGCCGCGACGGGGACAAAAGAUAAAGGACAAGUUAAUUAUGAAGAAUUUUGUGACCUGGUGAAAAUGAUUAUUACUAGAUGAGUGUCGAGCGGUGGGUGUGAUGGACAAUCUUAGAGAAGUGAUAAAUUUGCUUAAAUUUGUCUGGUUGUCUACCUUCUAUAAAACGAAUAGAAGUGCGCAAAAGGUAGGGGUAGGUCAUCCAGUCCACGCUUAUAUAUAUAUUUGACCGCAGAAUUGUAUGUUUUAAUUAUUUUAUGUAAAGUCAUAAGUACUUCGUUUGAUUGGAAUACAUGUAUUAUUUAUUUUAUUUCCUUCUUUCAAGAUAUGAAGGUAAUUCCAUCAAGAUUCAUAUGAGCAUUUGUUGUAUAGCGCUGUUUAAAGUCGCUCUAGUGAUCUUGAUGAGUGCCCCAUGGCCCUAACAUAGACAUUGAUACCAAGUUUGCUAUAUGGAAAACAUACUUUAAUAAGGGAGGAAGCGGGCUAAAUUUUGUCCCAUUUUAGGGUCAGAGCUUGCAUUUUCUUGCGCAAUUGUUAUAUUUGUAUACUAGCUGUACUUUGUCAAUCCAAACAUAAUUGUUAAUGAGUUGUGUUCGUCUUUGCUUACUGUUAGUGCAAUUAAUAAUUGAAAAAUAUAUUUUUUGAGAAACUUAGUAACCACGUUCGAAUCCCUCAGCACGCUUACUCUUUUUUAUUCAUAUGUAAAUAGCAUAUCAAUUUUGCAAUAUCAAUACAAAACAUGGUUCAUCAUAUACAGAAGAAGAAAAAAAAUAUUAUCAAAUACCAUAUGACUUAAUGUUUUAACUAUGUUAAGCUUAUUUCUUGUCACGCCUUGCCAUGUUAGAUAUUGAAUUGUUGUGUUUAAUUUUAAUAUAAAAGUUUGUGCGCAUAAAUAUUUUUUCAAAGAGACAAACUUGUAUUUCAUGUUUAGUUGUUGUUGUUGUUUUUUUUGUUAUUUUUUUCAUAAGCACGUGAAAUUAGGUUCUAAUUUUCUUGAUCAUUGCAAAUAAAGAUCAUAGAAGC